UGCUAGUGGCGGAGGGGUAUCUGCGCAGCGGCCCCCCAACACUCCCCCAGCAAUCGACCCCUGGGGCGGGUUCGCGGCCCCGCCACGGCGCUCAGGGCCCCCAGGAUGCCUUCGCAUAACCGGGGUCUGCUCGUUUACCCCGCCAGGAGCGCGUAAAAGGAAGUUAAAUCCAGCCGCUCCUCCCAAAGUUUGCGAGAGAGUCAUGUGAGGUGACCUGUAAUGUCCACGGAGCAGGAGAAAGAUUCGUUUUCGCUCAAAAGAAACAGAGGAGGAGACGGUGGUCUUGAUGGUUUAGGGGGGCCAGGCCUGCUGCUGGGGAGCCCGGACAAGAAGAAACGCAAGUCCAGUACACAGACUCUUUCCUUCGCACCACUGUCCGAAUAUGCUCCUCCGGCGAACCCCAGCUCCGAUCACUUGGUGGCCUCCAAUCCUUUUGACGACAACUACAACUCUCCUUCUCCCUCUCUGAAGCCACUGAACACCACCAACCCUUAUUUCAGCCCCUCUCCCUAUUCAGGAUUUGGUGGCUAUGCCCCUCCCCGGUUGGUGCACCAUAUCCAGAAUAGGAUGCCCUCUCCUUAUGGGGGACCUUACCAGAUGCGGAAUCAGCCACCGCACCCAUUCUCACAGAACCCAAUGGGCCCGAUGGUUAUGGGCUUCAACCGGCCGCCCGGCUUCAAUUAUGGGCAUCCUGACAAUCCGGCCUUCGCUAAUCAGCCCAUGUUUAACAACGGUGGUGGCAUGCACCUUCCGCCUGGCCAACCCUUUAGACCAGGUCCUGGAGAGAACUUGAACCAGUUGCUCCUUCCCAAUGUGAAUCAAAGCCACAGUGGUCCGGAUGGCUCAGGUCCAGGGUUCGGUCCAGAAGGAACCGGGAAUCUGCCGCCGGCGGUCAAACCAAGCCCUGAUAUGAGCCCUGGACUUCCUCAGCAACCCAGCAACUUUGGCCAGUCCAACACGCCCACAUCCACAGCCAAACAGGACCCAAGUGAAACCGCAAACAGCAAAAAUGUCAGCCAGAAUGCCACAUCACCACGGAAACAGAGCCAGACUUCUGAGGAGGUAGGUGGAGGUCAAGACGCCCAGGUGGAGCCUAAGGGAAAGAACAGGGGAAACGUCACGGCUGGCCUAGACGGAGGGAUGGAGAAGAUCAAUGGUGUGAUCCACCCCAGCACCGACCCUUUGAAGAAGUCCCCUCAGCCUCCUGAACCUCCCACGGAGAGGAACCAGAGGACUGGGACUACCUGCCGAAGUGGCGCUGCUUUGGCCAAUAAUAAACCUUCGGCUCACCCUGGCAGGCAGAACAACUCCACCUCCUCGUCAGAGCCUGUAUACCCGUGUGGAAUCUGCCUCAGUGAGGUGAAUGAUGACCAGGAGGCGAUUUUGUGUGAGGCCUCCUGUCAGAAGUGGUUCCACAGGGUCUGUACAGGGAUGACGGAGACAGCCUAUAACUUGCUGACGGCUGAGAUGGAUGCUGUGUGGGGCUGCGACAGCUGUAUGGAGGAGAAAGGAGCACAGCUCCUUAAAACACGGGAGAAUCCAGGCCUGCCUACAGCGAACAGUGAAGGACAAUCUUGAAUGUUGUUUUUUUUUUUUCAGUUUUUUUUUUUUGUUGUUGUUGAUGAAAUUGAAGUUGCCAAAUGCAGAAGUAUCGAGCUGCAGUUCUGCAGACUAAAGAUACAAAGAAGCCCCUUGGAUAUGUUUCUUCUUCAGAGUUAAAAGGUUAGGGUGAAGGUUAGCUAGUAAACAGACGUCCAAGCAAGUUAACCUUUGCCAAAGCUGAAGAGGCCUAUAAACCAACUGCUUCUUCAAAAUAAAGGGUUAUGGUAAAAGUCAUUUUAUGUUAGCUACUUAGCUACCUUCAGGCCAAAAUGAGGCUUCUUCUGCUUAGCUAGUUACCUUCAGGCUUCUUCUGGCUUGUUUACUUCAGCCUAAGCUGAGUUCUUCUCUAAAAUAAAUUAAUUAGGGUUAAGGUAAGGGUUAGCUAACUUCAGCCCAAGCUGAGGCUUCUUCUAGCCAGCUAACGUCUAUCUAGCUAACUUCAGCCCAGGCUGAGGCUUCUUCUAGCCAGCUAACGUCUAGCUAGCUAACUUCAGCCCAGGUUGAGGCUUCUUCUAGCCAGCUAACGUCUAUCUAGCUAACUUCAGCCCAGGUUGAGGCUUCUUCUAGCCAGCUAACGUCUAGCUAGCUAACUUCAGCCCAAGCUGAGGCUUCUUCUAGCCAGCUAACGUCUAGCUAGCUAACUUCAGCCCAAGCUGAGGCUUCUUCUAGCCAGCUAACGUCUAUCUAGCUAACUUCAGCCCAGGUUGAGGCUUCUUCUAGCCAGCUAACGUCUAUCUAGCUAACUUCAGCCCAGGUUGAGGCUUCUUCUAGCCAGCUAACGUCUAUCUAGCUAACUUCAGCCCAAGCUGAGGCUUCUUCUAGGCAGCUAACAUCUAUCUAGCUAACUUCAGCCCAAGUUGAGGCUUCUUCUAGCCAGCUAACGUCUAUCUAGCUAACUUCAGCCCAAGUUGAAGAAUUUUCUGAUUAUCUAACCGAAGCCCGUGAUGAGGCUUCUUCACGUUAACUGCCUUGAGCCCAUCCUGAGGCUUCUUUCAAACCGUUUUCUCCUGGUAAAAUGAAUGGAUUUGGGUGAAGGGGAGGGUUAGCUAACUUCAGCUUCUUCCAGGCUGAUCUAUUUUUUUUAGACAAAUGAAUUGAGGCUAAGCUAAAGGUUGGCUCGUUGUGUAAAACACUGAAAGGGUGAUUCCAAGUUAUCUUUCUGAUGUAAUUUAAAUCGUAAACAUGUUGUUCCUGUCUCUGAAACAUUGCUAACCAACCUCCGUUAGAUUCUCAGCUCACAUUUAAUAUUAGGUACUUCACCAACAGCUUGGCUCACUGGCUCACUUGGUCAGAUAUCUAGCUCGAUUUUUGCCCAAGCUGAGGUUUCUUUGCCCACCCUGGGCCUUUAUCUGCAGGGAGGCAGCUAGAUUUCACUGUGCCAGUCGGAGUUAUUGGCUUCUGGGCUCGGUUUCAGUGCUCUUGGAGGAGAGCUCGUUUUCUCCGCUCUCCUCUCCUCUUUUCUCUCGCGGUAGUUGAUCUGUAAAAUGUUGCAAUCUCCCUUUGAAACAAAGAGGGAGAGGCUUUUAUAAGCUUCUUUACUUGGACCUUGAGGUUCAUCCAGCACCUUUGCUCUACGAAAUCUCCGUCUGUUUGGAUUGAAGUGUAAAUACAGAGACCAGGGCUUUAGCUUUGUGUUGUCUGAGGUCAGAUGUCUUCCUUGUGCCUGCCCGAACUCAUCUUCUGGUGUAGAAGCUCAUCGUUCGAAUACUUGGACCGUUUGUUCUGAGCCUGUGGUUCCAUGCUGUUUUCCCGUCCUCCUCUUCGGUACCUUGUAUGGUGGGUUCUCUGGUUUAGAGGUCGAUUCAUAAUUUCUGCGAACGGUGCGUUCAGGCUCAUUCAGCUGAACGGUUUGGAGAACUUUUUUUUUUUUUUAAUUGUUCAGGAUGCUGGUGAGGAGAAACGCUUUGCUGCUAUACGUGUUCACUGUUGGCUCAACCCGAACACGACCUCAGGUUUGAGGGUUGUGUUUUCUGCCCAGUCGUGAGUGCUGUGUGCCAAAGGAAGAUGUGUCAGAAACUCGGAGCAGCUCAGUAAAGGCCUAUGAAGAAGGCUGGAUUGUAAAAAGUGCUCUAGUUGCUGCCUUUGAACAUCCGAUUGUAGUUUUCCGAAGCUAUGUGUCAUUUUGGCAGAGCAGCGAAUGAAGAACUAAAGCUUGUGAGCUCAGUUGGUCAAAGCUCCUGGCGCUGAAUGUAGAGAAUAUCAUUUUUGUGUACUGUAACAUUUUUUUCCCGUUGGUGACCAGAGCGGUCCAGUACAUUUGUCGAUGUAGAGGAUUGAUGUGUCCCAGUAUGUAGUUGAGUCUUGGUGAGCAGUGUAGCUUGCUUGUGCUCUGUAACUUGCCUCGUUCUCCUUCUUUUCUCAUUCAUUUCAUUCAGUGUGCCAUUUAUUAUGUGAUUAUUUGCAGCGCAAGUGCUCUGGUCCAGCAGAGGUCACAGAGAGCCCCUAAUAAUAAUGACGACGAUGAUGAUGAUCAUGAAAAUAAUAAUAGAGAAGCUGAUUGUGUGCACUAAAAUGCUCUUGAAUAUAUCAAUCACCUUUGAUGUUUAAUUGCAUUUCCUUUCCAUUUUUUUCCAUUUUCUUUGAUAAGAUUGUGUUACUUGAAGGCGGUUCAAGAACAACUUUUAAUAAGAAAUUGCACAGAAUAUAUCAAAUGCUUUUGCUUUUUAAUCAGUUAAUUUAAUCAUUUGUAUGACAAUUUGUCACGUCCUACCCCUGGAUUUAUCGAUAGUACUUAAUAAAACAGCUCUAUGUCCAUGGAAUAUUAAACAUCUUGUUUCAAAAGACUGUAAAUGUGUAUUCCCACAUCGAGAGGAUGGAUUGUUUUUCAUUCAUGUUGUUUACUGUUGGAUGUUUUAUACAACUGCCCUUUUGAAUUUGAUAUUGUUCUAAUAUUGUUUUGCUUUUGACUGUUUAGCGUGCAGCAGUUGAAGCAGUUUGGCCUCCUGAAUGUAAAGUUCAAACGAGAUCUUCUCUGUAAUUUGACAGUGCCGGUGUGUUGCGGUGAUUAUCUAAUCUUGUCGUGUUUAUGUACCAAGGAAUCGCACACACUAAAGCCCCGUUUACAUACUU